CACUGCCCGCGGAAAUCCCUGCCUCGGGGAGGAACAACGUAACUGUCCGACUCGUGACUCCCCCGUUUCCGCAAGGAGGGUGAUAGAACGCAUUAGUUCCGCUUAUGCAGAUACUCGAAUCCCUGGUGGGCCUCCAGAACCCUAGAGGAAAUUUUUCCGGGAGGAGUUGAAAUGAGGACGCUCACUUCCGGCGGAGGGAGGUAUUUUGAUCUGGGAUGGAGGAGGAGGAAGCGCCGCACUUGAAUGGGGAGACUCUGCAGCCGGCCCCGGAACCGCGCCUGGACCCGGAGUCGGGAUGGAGCCCAUUCGAAGAUUGUGCUCAGUGCCUCAAAGACUGCCCGCCUUGGGGGAGCCGAGCCAUUCUCGCUCUAAAGAGCCUUCCCCGGGGCUUGGCCGUGGGUCCCUCACUCUCUCAGGAACAGCGUUUAGGGGUCUGGUGUGUCGGUGAACCCCUACAGCCAGGACUGCACUGGGACCUUCUGGAAGAAAAGGCUGUCUCCGAGAAGGGCGAGGAAGUGAAACGACAGCAGAAGGACCUGUCACUAGACCCAUGGGGGGCAGUGUGUGCCUGUGAGCAGAGUUCAGGCUGGACCAGUUUGGUGCAGCGGGGCAGGCUGGAGAGUGAGGGAAACGUGGCCCUAGUUCAGAUCAACGAGAAGCUUCACCUGCAGGUGUACCGGGUUGUGCUGCCAGGCUUUGAACUUCUACUGUGGCCCUGGCCUCCCUCAGAUGGCCAAAGCCCCACACAGCCCAGGCUAGAGGAGGAGGCACCUGUGGAGGUGCUGGCAGAAGAAGAGUCUGAUUUACAACAACAAGUGGCCUCCCCUGGAGAGGAUGCAGCAGACCCUUGCACAGAUCUUGGUCACCAGUCACAGCACAGCAUCCAGAUAGAGAAUGUGGUGAACUCUGAGCCUAAGUCCAAAGCCCAGGAUCAGCCUUCCAAGAAUACUCAACCUCUUGGCCCGUUGCUUCAGGAUGGCAGUGUGGAUAGUGUGGAUGAGGAGUGCCUGCUCCAGGCACAGAUGCCACCUGAAACUCAGAGCAGCUCGGCCACCCAGCAGGGCACAGAGAGUAGUGAACCUGAAUCUCAGAGAGGCUCCACUGCCCAGGUAGACUCAGAGAACUGUGAAGCCAAUUCAUCACCUUCUGCCAGGGGCACCCAGCUACAUGCCUGCCUGGCCAAGAAGUUAUGUGGCCCCAAUGAUCAGUGCCCCCCCAGAGCAAAGACCUCAGAGCCCCGGGCCCAGCAUUUCCCUGUACUCUUAUGGAGCCCUGCUGGCCCUGCUGGAAAUGCCCCAAAGCAGGGGCGACGGUACCGAUGUGGGGAGUGUGGAAAGGCAUUCCUGCAACUGUGCCACCUAAAGAAGCACUCCUUCGUGCACACAGGCCACAAGCCCUUCCUGUGUACAGAGUGUGGCAAGAGCUACAGUUCAGAGGAAAGCUUCAAAGCUCACGUGCUGGGCCACCGUGGCGUGCGACCCUUCCCCUGUCCACAGUGUGACAAGGCCUAUGGCACCCGGCGAGACCUCAGAGAACACCAGGUGGUACAUUCUGGUGCCCGGCCCUUUGCGUGUGACCAAUGUGGCAAAGCCUUCGCCCGCCGGCCCUCCCUGCGACUGCAUCGCAAGACCCACCAGGUGCCAGCUGCCCCUGCCCCAUGCCCAUGCCCUGUUUGUGGGCGGCUCCUGGCCAAUCAGGGUUCUCUGCGGAACCACAUGAGGCUCCACACAGGGGAAAAGCCCUUCCUGUGCCCACACUGUGGCCGGGCAUUCCGACAGCGGGGCAACCUGCAUGGGCACUUGCGGCUGCACACCGGGGAACGCCCCUAUCGCUGCCCGCACUGUGCGGAUGCCUUCCCCCAGCUGCCUGAACUGCGGCGCCACCUCAUCUCCCACACUGGGGAGGCACACCUCUGCCCCGUGUGCGGAAAGGCCCUCCGAGACCCGCAUACCCUUCGUGCCCAUGAGCGCCUGCACUCAGGGGAGAGGCCCUUCCCAUGUCCCCAAUGUGGCCGUGCUUACACACUGGCCACCAAACUGCGGCGCCACCUCAAAUCCCACCUGGCAGACAAGCCCUACCGUUGUCCCACCUGUGGCAUGGGCUACACCCUCCCCCAAAGCCUCAAGCGGCACCAGCUUAGUCAUCAUUCUGGGCCACCCUCCAAUCCCCCCUCUAUGCCUCCUGCUGCUUCAGAGCCCACCAUGGUGCUCCUGCAGACUGAGCCAGAGCUGGACACACGCAGCCCAAGUGAAGCAUCUCCAGCCAGGGAUGUUGUUGUCACCAUUUCAGAGAGCCAGGACCCUAGCCCCAACCUGGUGCUAAUCCAUAAGGACAUGGGCUUUAGUGCCUGGGCAGAGGUAGUGGAGGUAGAGACAGGCACCUGACACGUGGGCCUUCUCCUCACAGCUCUCCAUAAAGUCUAGCUCUACACAUCUGCAUCUUCUUUCUUUUUGGGUUGCCUGGUAGGAUCAGAAAUCUAGGAUGGUCCUUCCUGCUUAUGAAUCAUUGAACUGUCUCAAGAUUGCCAGGUCAAACCUCUCCUGGGACUCUCCUUUUUGACUCCCAGGAGAACUUGCCCCUACCUCCUUCCCCAGGAACACCAUGGAUGCUUGUUCUGUGAGCCUCACUGAAGUGACCUUAUCUCCAUCCAGUGGGACAGCCAGUAGUUGGCAGUGCUCCUAAACCACUGGCUGUGUGCCAGGGUAGUACGCCCAUUAAACUCUCUUGGGGAUAAGCACUUCCAUUUGGAACCAAUUUGACUUCCAAGAGUUGGAAGAGCUCAGCUUGCAACAUCACACAUCUCUGUAGUUCGUCUUUAGGUAACUUUGACAGCGUUUCAUACCACCUAAGCCCUAAGUUAUCAAUCUGUGCUGAAAGACAGCAAAUUCCUUGGGAGGCAGCUGGGGCCAGAUCUGUGCCCUUCUGUGUACCUAACAGCCCAGUUCAGGGAAGGAGUAAGGAAGUAAUGUGUUUUCAUCUGCUGUGGGCUUGGACUGCCCUAGGUGCUGGGGGCCCAGCUAUGAACAAGACAGAGGAAAUGCCCUUUAGAACCACCAGGUCAGGGAUGGGGCGAGCAAUCUUAGGGUAAGAGUUCAAUGGGGGCACCACUAAGUGCUGUGGUAUGUUAAUGGGACUGUUUUAGCCUGGGGCACCAGGGUGGGCCUCCUAGUGAUAACAAGGAACGCUUUGGCCUUACUGUGAACCAGUGCUUCAUGUGAGUAUUUAACCCAUGAAGCAACCCUGACAGGUAGGUAGCAUUAUAAUCCUUGUUUUAUAGAUGAGGAAACAAGUACAAAACCCCUUAAGGAUUCUGUCCAGGAUCACAAAGCUACUAGUGUUUGAGAUUCAAAUCCUCCUAGUCCUGCCAGCACUGGAGUUAGGCUCUUAACCUCUGCGCUCCAGGGUCCCUUGUUCACUUGUGACCUGGAUGAGUAGGUGUUUGGAAAGGUAUGAUAAUGGGGUGAGGGGUGAAAGCUGAGGUGCAGUCCUUCAGUGGGUGGUCAGGGGUGGUCUUAGAAGACAACUUGAGCAGAGACCUCAAUAACCCAGGGCAGUGAGCCGAGUGGACAUUGGGGAGCAGCUUGAAUUCUAGCAGAUAACAUGGUGGAGUGAGGACUGAGGGGCCGUGUCUGCAGGGGUAGUUACUUGGGGAGAUCUGUUCACUGGGAGGUCCAAGUGAAUGAAUUCAAAGAAUCGGUGGAUAAGGAGAGCUGAUCCUCAAAGCUUGGGUGUUCUGUCUCCUGGGGGUAGGCCCAAGUAAACAGUUGGAAAUAGGUACAAACCUGAG